AGAUAGGGGGUUGGCUGCGCUGUGUCAUGGAGGCUCAGUAGCUGAGCAGCCAUUGAAGGGGAAGGAACUGCGUGUGUGUGCGUGUGUGCGAGUGUGUGGAGAGGGCGGUGGGGGCAUCCGAGUUUGAGUCCCAACUCCUCCGACUCCAUUUGCCGUUCUCAUUCCCCCACCCCUUUCUGGUGGUGGUGGGUGUAAUCUUUUCCCUUCCUAUAUCUCUUCAUUCAUUUCCUAACCUUUUUUUAUUUGGAGGUUGGGGGUGGUGGGAAAGGGAAGGGAAAGGAGGAAAGGGAAAGGGGAAGGGAGGAGUGUGAGUAGUGGUGGUGGAGGAGGACAUGGAGAUGAAGAUGAAACAGAAGAUUAACCUGGAGUUGAGGAACAGAGCUCCUGAGGAGGUGACAGAGUUAGUCCUUGAUAACUGUCAUUCUGUCAACGGGGAAAUUGAGGGUCUCAAUGAUACUUUCAAAGAAUUAGAAUUUCUGAGCAUGGUCAAUGUGGCGCUCACCUCACUGGCUGGGCUCCCCAGCUUGAGUAAACUUCGGAAGUUGGAACUUAGUGAUAAUAUUAUUUCUGGGGGCCUGGAGGUCCUGGCAGAAAAAUGUCCAAAUCUCACCUACCUCAAUCUGAGUGGCAACAAAAUCAAAGAUCUCAGCACCGUAGAAGCUCUGCAAAAUCUUAAAAGCUUGAAAAGCCUUGACUUGUUUAACUGUGAGAUCACAAAUCUACAAGAUUACAGAGAAAGUAUUUUUGAACUGCUUCAACAAAUUACCUAUCUAGACGGAUUUGAUCAGGAAGACAAUGAAGCACCAGAUUCUGAAGAGGAGGAGGAAGAUGAAGAGGAUGAUGAUGAAGAAGAUGAAGAUGAAGAGGAGGAUGAAGCAGGUCCUCCAGGAGGCUAUGAGGAAGAGGAGGAAGAUGAAGAUGAAGCAGGUUCCGAUUUGGAGGGAGAAGAAGAGGAGGUGGGUCUCUCAUACCUAAUGAAGGAAGAAAUUCAGGAUGACGAUGAUGAUGAUGACUAUGUUGAAGAAGGAGGAGAUGAAGAGGAAGAAGAAGAAGAAGAAAGUGUUCAAGGAGAAAAGAGGAAACGAGAUAUUGAAGAUGAAGGAGAAGAAGAAGAUGAUUAAAUGGACCAGACUCCAUUAUUCUACAGUUUGCAAUAGAAUGACCUUGCUGAUCUCUGUUUCUUUAUGUACCAUGCUGUCCCUACAGAAGAUAACGUGUAACUUUUUAUAGGAAAGGUGUGGUUUUACUAUUUUUGCCUUUUUAUCAUUCCAAAUAAGAUUUGUUAGCCUGUUAGUGAUCACAUACGGUAUAUAGAAAAAAAAAUCAGUCCUAUAUAAUUAUUGACCCCAUUAUCAAAUUCCCUAGCAAUUCAUUUGAAAUCUUAAUUUUCUCACUCAAGCUCAAUGUUUUGAUCAUAAUUAGUUCACAAUUAACAUAUGGCAGGUUUUCUAGGGGUGUAGUAUGGUGCAUUUCAUUCAUAAGGUUUUAAAGUUAUUUAUAAACUAGUUGAAAUCAAAGUUGCUGUUAUAUGCUGUAAUAUGAGAAGUCAACAGUCUCUUUGAGAUGAAAAAGUUGGUUAUAUUCUUUUGAGCUGGUCAGAGGUCUAGUUAGAAGAUAGUGAGUUUUUGGAUGCUAACAGUUUUUUGUAAGGUUACAGAAUUAAAUCAGAAGCAGAAUGGUGAGGGUUCUGUUCAGAAAUAGCAUUUUUGUAGUUUAUUGUUGGAGAGGCUGCUGAAACCUGUCUGAAACCAGGCGGCUGUUUAGGUCUUUGUGUUUAAAAGAAAAAUUUCAUGUUUUCCAAGUCCUGAGCAUAUAUGUGAACCCUUUCUUGUUUAGGCUACAAGUCAUGGCAUGACAGGGUUCUUUAAGAUUUGCAUUUUGCUCUUUUAGCAGUUUCUUGCCUUUUCUGAUUUUUAUCCUCCCUAAAUGGAAGACAGACUGCUUUCCAUUUGAGGAAAUCUAGCAAAAACUUUAGGCCCUUCCCUGAACCACCUUUUAUUGCUUUGCUUGGAUUUCUCUUAGGCUACCCUUGAAUGAGAGGAUUGACUAAAAUUGUCUCAAAUACAGACAUGAUUAUCCACAUAGCUUUGUUCAAGAGCUUCUGCUUACCCUGACUCUCCUGGCUGAUAUUGUGAAUUAAUUGUAUAAGGGUGAAGUCAGAGGGGAUUCCUGAACCAGUAUCAGGGUCCCCUAGAUGUCAAAUAGCUGCCUGUGAAUGUUUAAUGAGGCAUUCUAUCCAUGGAUAGACUUUACAUUUAAUAUUUGAUUCCUGAAUCAAGAUUUGGACGCUGCAGACUAGAGAUCUGCAAAGCAUAUUUUAUUUUCCUGAAUAGAGCCUUAAAUUAUUCUUCCCAUUGUUAUGAAGCAUAACCAGCCUUUAAGACAUUUAAAUGGCAUGUUAUUAGGCAGAUGGCAAAAAUAUUUGAAACUAGAUUGGUAUUAAGAUAAAGGUUUGUUUUAAAAUGGAUAUCCAUAAAGAAAAGAAUUUGGGGAAACUUUGCAAUUGUAUGUGUGCAUCUGUGUAUUUUUCCUAUUAGGUUUCUAUGUUUUAUAUGAAUUCUAAAUUUAAAAAAAUAGAGAAAUGUAUUCCCCACUUUUUAUCAUGGAGGCUCAAUUUUCCAGACAAUUGCUUUUUGCUAAUCUUGACUAUCUGAAGAAUUUUUUUCUUAUAAGUUUUGAAUAUUUGUAACCUAACUUUAAAAAAAAUCAGCAUCAACAAAUGGUGACCACGUCUCUUUGAACUGAAGUCAUACUUUUCUAUUGGGCCACACUUAAAUUACUUAAGACAGUACAUAUUUUUUUCUUUUCCCCUUGGGGCCCAAAGAAUGUGACUACUAGGGUUCCCAUAGGAGUAUAAUUACAAAGUUAUCUGCAGAGAAAUCCAGUUAACAAAAAGCUUGUCUGGUUAAGUGAAAUCAAAUUCUUGGGACAGAGUUGGUACAGUGAUGGGAUGCUUGACUAAUAGUUUACUCAUUUUUAACAGCUGAAAUGCAGCAUUUCGGGCACUUUGCAUUCUUAAGUUCCAUAUGUUACUUUUGGCUUCCAAAAUACCUGUUUUAAAAUUAAUCUACAUUUUAAAAAUCAAUCAUCUUAUUGUGCAAUCAGAAUUAGUACAGUUCUUUUAUUUUAAAAGUUAAUACCUAGAGCCUCCAAAUAACUUCUAAAACUUACUUCACUUGGUGGGUGGUAUUUUCAUGCAAAUAUGUAAGGGAGGGGUUUUAUAUUUUGUAGAGGUUUUUGUCCUAUUUUAAUGCUCUUUGUAAGGCAGUAUGUAUAUAGUGUGUUAAGUCCUCUAAGAAUUUCUCUCUUAAAAAAACUUUGAAGUUAUUACUUUUGUGCAACUGUGUUUUGAAUAAAGCCAUGACAGUGUUAAAUAAGCCAAA